AUGAGCAGCUUCUACAGAAGUGAUGUCGGCCGUACCAUUCGCGACUCCAAAGGCGAAGAUAAAUCAGCGAUGUCUGUGUUGGAGAGUGGUAAAGGCGCAAAGCGAGUGACGCAUCAGUCAGCAGUUAUCGGGAACAAGGCCUUCGACAAUACGCUGCAAAUCAACGGACACGUCGCAGAUAAGGUCAACAGCUGUUACAUAAAGUACGCUGUCUUCUCAUGUCAUGGCGAUUUCGCAAAGGCUAUGGCGAGCAUAGCGUCAGGUGGUGCGUUACCCAUUUCAGCGUCAAGACAGGCUCGUUUUUCAGAAGCGACAGGGCGUCCCAACCGUGUCAACAUUGUAUCUUGGGCAGAGAUCAAACCGUUGCUGAAAGCGAUGCGGAAGGUUCCAGUCAUAUCUAAAUUGACCGAGGAACCUGACGCCAUCUGUGUCAUCUCUCCGCGACAAGUCUACGACAACUUCAUCUCUUCUAAGGUCGUUGGUCGUCUUGGACUCACUACCCGCUCCGAUACUGUGAUGGUAAAGUCCAUCGUAUGGGACUCGAAGCGUUUCGUUUCUACCGGUGGCUUCGUGGAUCUUUCGUUUCCCGUGCCCGGUAGCGACGCUGGCGUCGGGCGACGUCUCUACGUUCUGGACGACCCGCCCUUUGACACGCUCCUCGCGAACCCUGCGACGCGCUUCCAUUCCGUAAGCAGUCAGAAGGCUCUGCUGAGAUAG